CUCUAUUGUGUUGUUUCCAGUAUAGUACAAAUCAAUUGUAUUUAAUUUUGUGUUUUACCCAGUUAUUGUUUGCGCUAAAAAAUUUUAGUUCUUUGUUAAGAUGGAAGAAAUGGAUUAUAAAUCUGGAAAAAACUCACCCAAAAUAGAAGAAAAAUUUAGUAGCUGCUACUGCGGUAAGGAGAGAAAUUUCAACAUAGUUGAGCUACUAUGUGUGACAUGUAAUCGCUGGUUCCACGAAUCCUGUAUCGGAUUUCAGUUGGGUCGUUUAGUACCCUUUGUGAUGAACUAUGUUUUCGUUUGCAAAAACUGUUCCGUGACGGGGUUGGAAAGUUUCCGGAAAACUCAAGCUACGAUCCCGCAAAUGUGCAUUACAGCUAUCGCCAAUCUGCAGCAAGCCGCUUUGAAAGAGGGUAAAACGCGGUUGAUGUUUAGCAAGGAUAAAGACAUUAUUCCCUAUAUGGACCAUUAUUGGGAAUCGAUGACAACGAUGAGUCGUCGCUCUACACAAUCGUGGUAUGCUACAGUUCAGCGAACUUUGAUCAAGGAUAUAAACUCGUUGUUUACUUACGAGGAGACUAACGAAAACGGACAAAUGUACGGUUUAGUGAUGCAGGAUUUGAGCAUGAUACGACCCAACUAUGACGAAAGUAGUGGGCAGGGUGCACAAAAUCUAGCUAAAGCUGGGCGGCAGCCGAAGCGUAAGUUUCCGAAUAGCGAUCAGGGUGGUGCCCUAAAUAAAAAGAGUCGACUUGGAACGGAAUUGGGUGCGCUGGUAAAACUUCCUGCUCAUGGUUACCCAUUGGAGCAUCCUUUCAACAAAGAUGGCUACCGGUACAUUCUGGCUGAGCCAGAUCCACACGCUCCGUUUCGGCAAGAGUUCGACGAGAGUGCUGAUUGGGCUGGGAAACCUAUUCCUGGGUGGUUAUAUCGAGUAUUGUCGCCGAAUGCUGUUCUAGUGGCUCUUCACGAUCGUGCACCCCAGCUAAAGGUAUCUGAGGAUCGAUUGUCUGUUACUGGUGAAAAAGGUUACUGUAUGGCACGAGCGUCGCAUUAUGUAACACGUGGCUGCUGGUAUUGGGAAGCGACCGUAGAAGAGAUGCCUGAAGGGUCUGCGUGCCGUUUAGGUUGGGGUCAGGAAUAUGCUAAUUUGCAAGCCCCACUCGGUUAUGACAAAUUUGGUUACUCGUGGCGUUCGCGUAAAGGGACGCGCUUUCACGAAUCUCACGGCAAACAUUAUAGUGAUGGCUACGGUGUGGGGGAUACGCUUGGUUUUAUGAUUGUCUUACCGGAAUCUAACCCCUCGGGUCAUAUUCCCAGCACGUUCAAAGAUCGACCGCUUGUUAAAUUUAAAAGUCAUCUAUACUACGAGGAAAAGGAUAAGGUAAACGAAACCUUGAAAACGCUGAAAGUGCUACUGGGCGGCAAAAUUUUCUUUUUUAAGAAUGGCGUGUGCCAAGGAGAGGCAUUUACUGAUAUUUUCGGUGGAGCUUACUAUCCUGCUUUGUCAAUACACAAAAAUGCCACAAUUAGUCUCAACUUCGGACCUAACUUUAAGCAUCCUGAAGUGCAAGAACAGUUCAAUACGAAAGGAAUGCAUGAACGUGUAGAAGAGAUAAUCUGCGAACAAACUAUGGCAGAUAUGAUGUACUUUACAGAAAACGAUGGCAAGCUAAGACUGGACAGCUAUAACAUUUAAAAUGUUUAGUUUUGGGAUUUGUAAAUAAAUUUUUUUUUGCAGUCA